GGAGCCGUUAUAAUACAGACUAAAUCGUUAUUAAUCGGGAUAUAUUUCGAGCAGGGGUUUUCCAAGAAGAACAAUGGCGAUUUGAAAGUUGAAACAAAACUCUGGCAUCCAUUAAAUAACUUUUUCGCACGUUGGUCUCCUUAACUCACGUUUUAGUAAAAAAAUUUAAUGCAAAAGUUGUACGGUUUAGUAUACAGGGUCAGCCAACGAGAGAGUAUCUACCUAAUUGGUUUCGAAGGUUAUGAGAAAAUGAAUCAGUUUGGAGCUCCCUCUGAUGCGCACUGACCCCCGCCCAAUAACAAAGUCUGUUACGGCGAGGAACGGUGGUCGAAAAAAAGGCACUAUGUGAUUGGUUGGCCGCGAAGCUCCUCAAAUGUUUAACCCGCAACUUAGACAAUGAUAUCGUCGGUGUAUAUCAGAGCAUGUUUCUGGGUUAUCGGCUUCUCCUCGCUCGCGGGGUCCCUCCCCUGGGUAGACCAGUCCCUGGAACGAUUAGACGAGCUCAACGACGCUGAAAUAUACAAUGCGGUGGUGAAUUCCAUGAACGAGUGGCAAAGGAAACACGACCUCAAGAAGUCGACGAACAGGACCAAGAGGGAAGAUGCGAGCAUAUGUUACCCGGAGCUGGGGUGUUUCGAAGCUUCCGGCCCUUUCGGAUACUUGGACAUGCUUCCCAGCAAGCCCGAGGAGAUCAACACCAAGUUCUUGCUGUAUCCGGCCAGAACGCGAAGGAGGCGUAGCAAUUCCGCGCCAGCCGAGGUGCCUUUUGAAAAAAUCGAAGACGCCUUCGAGUGGGCAAAAAGCGGCUUUAACGCGAGCCUACCUACGAAGGUGCUCAUACACGGUUUUGGCAGCGACUGCGGAUACAUCUGGGCUUACGAAAUCCGGAGCGCGCUCAUGGCAGUGGAAGAGGUGAACACGAUCUGCGUGGACUGGACCAACGGUGCGGCGUUGCCAAACUACGUAAAGGCGUCGGCAAACACGCGUCUCGUCGGCAAACAGCUGUCGCUGUUGCUGAGCGGCCUGGUCGAAAAAAACGGAUUGUCUCUGAUCACUACCCAUCUGAUCGGGUUCAGUUUGGGCGCUCAUAUUGCCGGAUUCGCGGGAGCAGAUUUGAAAAAUUUGAGCCGUAUUACGGGUUUGGAUCCAGCGGGACCGCUGUUCGAGUCCCAGGACACUAGGGCGCGUCUGGAUCAGACAGACGCUGCCUUCGUUGACGUCAUACACAGCAACGGUGAAAAUUUGAUACUGGGCGGGCUGGGUUCGUCACAGCCCAUGGGCCACGUCGACUUCUACCCCAACGGAGGUCGGAUGCAGAAGGGUUGCAGCCACUUGUUCGUCGGAGCGGUCAGCGAUAUCAUUUGGUCGUCAGCGGUGGAGGGCAGAUCGUUGUGCAACCACCGCAGGGCGUACAAGUUCUUCAUCGAUUCGGUUUCGCCUAGGUGCCAUUUCCCGGCUUUCCCUUGCGAAUCCUACGACCAUUUCCUUGCGGGAAAAUGUUUCCCAUGCACCGAGGAAAGUAAGUGCGGCAACAUGGGGUACUAUGCGGACCGCUCCAAGGGCAGGGGGCAGUUGUACCUGAUUACGCGUGACGAGGAACCUUUCUGUGCGCAUCAGUAUUUGGUGAAGCUGGAAACCGAACCUGGUCCGUUGCCGAUCAAGAGCUAUGGCAAGAUCCAGAUCACCCUCAUAGGUGAAUCCUUCCUCAACGAAACGUUCAUGAUGACGAGAAAGGAAGAUGAAGAAAUGAUCUUGGGCGAAUCGAUAUCGAGGAUCAUAGUGCCUCACCCCAUACUGUCACAACCGACGAAAAUCGAGAUACUCUAUACCGCUUACAGCGGUUGGUUGUCAUCUGGACUGACCCAGUGGAAGAUCGACAAGGUAAUGCUGAUGGACAGCUUUGGGAAAAUCUCGUCGGUGUGCAAGCGCAACCUCAUCCUCGACUCUGGCGUGGCAGUCAUCUUGCCUCUCUACCCCGGCGAGUGCGAUCCGCCGAAACACAAACCCGACAAGCAGACGGUCGACCAACGUAUGGAGCGGCCUUUCAACAACACUUCGAAGGAGAUGUUCGUGCCGACGCAAGUGAUCCGGGUCGGUUUGGACGAUCAAGAGUACGAACCGAACUCUUCGGAGGCGGUACCGUUCAGGAACGACCUCACCGACGAUAACGACGAAGCGGAAUCGAGUCGAGCGUUCAACACGAGGAUCGUCAAAGCCGACGAGGCUAGCAAACACCUCGCAGACGACAACGGGUUGAUCAGAGAGAUCGUGGAGCCGGUUUUAAAGCCCCAGUCCUUCAAGAACGCGAGGGCUCACGACCCUGCCAAGACGAAACCGGAGAUAACUGAGCCGAUCUUGGGACCGACUACGUCGAAGUCUCCGAAGACGACGACUUCUGCUACUACGGAAACCACCACCACCACCACCACCACGACCACCACCACUACGGAGGAGAAUAAAAUCGUGACGUUCUACGACGCGGACUGGGUGCCCCACAGGAGAGACAAGUGGAAGCGAGAAGACGAAUCGAAGGCUAUCAAGGGGUUCGAAACUUCACGUGGCGAAGACGCGAUCGGCUCGAUCGUGACGACGGUGCAGUUCCUGCCUCAACGGUUGGCGAGGAUGUUCGAGCAGGCUGAGAAGUACGCCAGGGACACCCUGUUGCCUUUCGUCAGUACUUACACUCCGAGGUUCAUCACCGACAUUAUCAGACCCAGGGAGAGCCCCAGGUACGUGCCUUUGAACUACGAGCCGGAGGAGGAGACCGCGAGGGUCGCCGAUGAGGGCGUCAACGGGUUGAGGCCUGCCGAGAGCAGGAAUAUCAAGGCCGGCGACUUGGAAGCGACUACGACCGCGCAGGCGCUCACGCAUAUACAGAGGAUCGAGAAGAGGACUACGACGACUACGACGACGGCGACUACGCAAAGCCUUCCGACUACUACCACCCCUUCCAUACCUCGCGACAACUCGCACUUCUCCAUCGAUUGGGGCGACAGAUUCAACAAGUCGGAAAAACGAAAAAGGCAAAACGACAAUUCCCCUCAGUCGACGCCGAAUUUCAACCCGAUCGACACCAUAGUAAACAGGUUUCAAAGCCUGCCCGACGGCCUCCAGAGGAUGUUCAACCGGGCGGAAAAAUACGCCAGGGAACGGAUAUGGCCACUGGUCGACGGCUACGUCGACGAGUUUGUGCGAAACAGGCAAACGCCUCGGGCUCCCGCCAAAGCAAAAAUCGACUACACCAAGAACGAAUUAGACUCGAGAGUGGUCGAAGUUUCGACCGACGACGCCUACGUCGUGCCCUACUUCAACGACGUGCGAACAAUUCAAAAUGGCGACGAUGGUUUCGCACCGGAACUCGUGCUGAUUACGCCGAAAGUGACGCCCAAGGCGAUCACCUCGACUACAACUUCGACGAUAACGAAUUACGAGGCGACAACUGCGAGUACAACUUCGAUGGUGACUCCGAAAGUGGUAGACGCGAUUACAACUUCGACGACAAUGAAUUCGGAACUUGUAAACGCGAAUACAACGGCUACAAUGAUGAACUUCGAUGCGAUAACGGCGAAUACAACAUCUAACGUGAUAAACUCGACAAUUGCGACGACAACGAAUCCGGACCAUACGAAAGCGAGUACAACUUCUACAAUAAGGAAUUUUGAAACGACAACCGAGAAUACAACAUUUAACGUGGCUUUAAAAGUGAUAAACGCGAAUACAACUUCGAUGACAACGAGUCGAGAGGCGAAUACAACACCUAAUGCGCGUACAACUUCGAUGAUAACGAAUGACGAGGUCACAACUGCGAGUACAACUUCGAAGAUGACUUCAAAAGAGUCUAACGAGAGUACAACUUCUACAGUAAAGAAUUUUGAAACGGCAACCACGAAUACAACUUUUAACGUGACUUUAAAAGUGUUAAACGCGAGUACAACUUCGACGGCAACGAGUCCGGAGUAUGUAAACGCGAAUACAACUCAUUCAAUAAGGUAUUUAGAGGCGACAACGCCGAAUACAACACCUAAUGCGAGUACAACGUCAACGAUAACGAAUAACGAGAUAAUAACAGCGAGUACAAAUUCGACGACAACGCAAACGACCACGACAACCGCUGUGAUGAGUACGAUUACGAUUCACACCUCCGAUGUAGGUUCGAGUGCAAGUACUAAGCCUCCAAGACCGAUCAAACCGGGCAAGUACGCGAAAAAAUCGCACAGUCACGUGCAAAAAAUACCGAAAAGAGGCGAGAAAGUGACGUACAAGUUGCCCAAAUUGAUCGAGAUAGUGAUCGAUCCGAAAGAUCUCGAAAUUGCGACUUUCGUCGCGACGACGACGACGACGACGACGACGCCGUCGCCCAGACCGUACUUGUCUUAUAUUCAAAAAAUACCCAAGAGGGCGGGCUAGACAUUCAGAUCGUACCUGAAAGAAAUAUUUUAUAUUAUUGUAUAAAUAGAUUUAAUAUGAGAUAUAUAUUUCGAUUUUUUGAAGUUAACGUCGUUACCAAAAUCGAUCAAAUCAAUUAUCGGGCGAUUUUCCUUCUUACAUUUCCGAAAAGGAGAGGAAAAUUUUCGAAAAAUAUAUAUGUACAGGUUGUCCCAAAUUCGAGAGGGACUAUUGGGAUCUUAGAGGUCUAAAAUACGAAUUUUAAAACAGUUUCAAAUUCCAGAGCCUUCUGAGGCAAAAAUUCAAAAGUCCCAAAAGUGUUUAGUUUUUCCAAAAAAAAAAGCUAAAAAAGCGAAUUGAUUCGGAUUGUUUCUAUUUUUUCUAUGUUUCGUUAAUUUUUUUGGGGGUUUUAUUUGAACCCAGUUCUCCCGUUUUAAAUAGGUGACUACUAAAUUUUGAACUCUGUUUUCCUGUUAAUAUACUUAUCUUAAUUUUGUAUCCAGAAAUUGUUGGUCUGCGUGAAAAAAACUUUUACUAAUUUUGAUCGAUAUUGCUAAAUUUAUUUAUUUAUUAGUCUACAAUAUCGGGUAAGCUACUAACAUCUAUAUGUAUUGUACAAAUUAUGUAAUAUAGAUCUUAUAA